AUGGCCGCCGCAUGUACGCUGGUGUGUUGUGAAGAGGAGAGAGAAGAAGAUAAAGCGGUUAUUGUCCAGUUUUCAAAUGGCAGUGUCAAAAACGCAGACAAGUUGGACUUCACCUUCUACAAGAACACAGAUGAGAGCAACCCCAGGAAAAAGAGCAGACGGAUGUUGGUUGCCGAAUCAGGCAGAUUGUCCUAUGUUGGGAGUAAUUUUGGAGUGGGGUCCUUGAAAUGCAACAACCUUUGCAAGUAUUAUGUAGGAGUGUUGAACAGACAGACAAUGCAGAUGGAGGUGCACAGCGCUCAGCUCUUCAACAUGCAACCUGUCAUACCAGGGGAGACAACAGAGACUGGACAAUCUCAGGACAGUAGUCAGACCUACAGAGAGAAGGUUGACUCUCUGAUUGAGGCAUUUGGUACUAACAAGCAGAAGAGAGCGCUGACCUCCCGCAGACUCAAUCAGGUGGGCAGUGAGACCCUGCAUCAAGCUGUGGCGAAGGCUGCCAACAGUGUGAUUGAGCAGAAGGGCUUGGAAGCCCUGCAGCAGGAAGUUGCUGAUACAGAGUCCCAGGGUGAUGUAGCAUUCAACAUGCCUCCCUGCAACGCAGACGCAGACAAACCUGAGGAUGUUUACCAGUUUGACGAUCUACUGGAUCCAGUGGAGUAUGGGGCUUUGCAGGAAGCUGGUGACAAGAUGGCUUCGCUCACUCCUGCAGAGCUGCAGAAGAUGAGAGAUGAUGGAAGGUGUAUGUGUGUGGUGAAGCAGCUAGAGACGCUGCCAAGUGAUGAGGAUGCCAGGGAGAAAAGGACACGAUGCGCUUUCUUCCUUUCUCUACUCCUCAAAGUAGCACGGCAGAAGAGCAUCACCCGCAAGUUUAUGCAGGAGGAAGGCUGCCCUCGCAUCAUCCAGAGCAAACUGAUGAAAAUGUUCACUGUGGAGACCUUCAACAAGGGCAUGGUCCAGAACAUGGUGUCUACAACAAUGCGUGCCAAAGUGGCAGCAUACUCUUUAGCCCUACUGCUGCAUAUGGGUCACAUGACUGCCAACCUCACACUGCUGCACCGUGAUCUGGGAAUCACAGAGGCCAGAAUGGUUGAAGUUGCCAAGAUGAUGGGGCUGACACUCAGUAGGCCUGCCAGGGUGAAGGCUGAUGACAGUGAGCUGCGAGAUGACCACAGACUGGCCUCACUUGUUCUUCCUCUGGUCAAAUAUGAACAGCUCACAGAGAGAAGGAAACGCAAGAAAAUGCGGUAGAGACUGAGAUGGGGGAAAAAUCAAGAGAUGUGAUCUUUGAAAAACCUCAAAGCAUAGUGUGCUUAUUAAUGUAUGGUGUAAACAAAUAAUAAAAAAAGCUCACUGUACAAGAUA